GUCCAAGUCACCCAAACUACUAUUAAACCAUCAUGUCUGAACAGCUCACUCUGUACCUUCACAAGGUCGAGCUGGCUCUUAUCGAAGCCAAUGCACCCUACAAGGCCUACCAAAUCAAUCUCGCCAAUAAACCAGAGUGGUUCCUCAAAGUGAAUCCCGUUGGUGAGAUACCCGCUAUGACAUACGGGGGACCCAGUGUCGAACCCGAGGAUCCUUCGCCGCUGUCCGCUAAAAUCGCAGAAUCAAAUGUUAUCCUCGAGUUCUUAGCGGACCUCUAUCCAGACUCUGGCCUCCUGCCAAAGGAUCCUGUUCUGCGUGCCAAAGUCCGCUUCUUCAUCAAUGCGACUACUAAACAUUUCGAGAAUCCUUGUUACGCCUUCAUCAGAGGGCGCGAGCCAUAUGAGAAUUUCCUGAAGGGGAUUGAAUUUAUUCAAGGACUUCUCGAGGAGGGUAAUGAGUUCGCGGUUGGAGAUCAUUACACCAUUGCGGAUGCGUGCAUCACUCCGCACCUCACAAGGCUCAAGAUCGUCACCGAACAUGACCUAGGGAGAUUCCCUGUUGGGAUGGGGUAUAAGCUAGGCGAGGAGUUAAAGGCACCCAAGUUCGCCAAAUUCAUGAAAUACGUUCAGCGAAUGCUGGAGCGUCCGAGCUUGAAGCAAACCUUCGAUGAGAUACCAGUAGUCAGCUUCGUACGACAGAGCUUUAUAUCCUGGCGAGUGAUAGAUAAACCAUACAAUUACCAAUCGGCAAAAAGCUGUAUACGACAAUGACACAGCAACUACUCCAUCUCAUCUCCAUUAUCAUCAUCGCUGUCACUGUCC